GGCUCAGAGUGAGGUCUAUACUCGAGCUAUGGAUGAGGUCACUGAAAUGCAGAUGAUGUUGAAGUUAAAGGACAUCCUUGAUUGGCGCAUGCAAGCCCGCGAUCGCAGAGCUGUCGAUGCUUCACCCACCUCAGAGGUCAACACUACUGAGAUCAUGGAGGCCAGUCCCAAGGAGAGGUCAACGAAGGAAAGGCCAAGACCCCAAACCUUGCAGGUCAAGGUGACGUUUCAUGGUUUCCAAGUCUUCUUUUUGGUGGCUCAGGACGGCUUUUGGUACACUAAGUGCAAGCCAGGCACUUUGGUCGAUGAAGAGCGGCCAGAGGAUUUGGAGCCGAGAUCAUUGAGCCGGAAAAGGAUGCGAACACGACAGCCAGUGGUAUCCACCUCCAUCAAAAACAUCACCCUUGAAGUCAUCCAAAAGGGCCAUCCAGGCUACAGGAUUGCCCAGUGGCUGGAGGUGAGCGUUGGCAAGUUGGAAGUGGUGAAUCUGAAUGCAGGGAAAAAACAGCCCAGCCGCAACAUCAUGAGCAUGCAACCCAUCCGGAAGCACAAGGGCCUUCCCAUGUGCUUCUUCCUGGGUUUGAACACUUUUCAGUUACUGGAUAAUAGCUUCAUCAUUGGUGACACUCCCUUGUCCGCAGUACUGGAGCCUUGGGAAGGUCUGCUUGGUCACACCAAGGACCAAUUCUCACCUGCCACCCCAGUGAUGCUUCAGAGCUUGGGAUUUCUGAAGGACCAAGUGCAUGACAUGGGAAGGCUAAUGAUCUUCGUCUUUGCCCGCAUCGGACAGGUGACUGCCAUCGAUUGGGCCCCUUUCCGUCGACGGAUGAUUUUCUUCAUGAAGCGCGGCCUGAACGACAUGGAUUUGGUCACGGAUUUGGUCCGUCGACCUUCCCAGGAUGCGCUGAUGAAGGAGUUGUUGGAGCGUUUGCAGCGCAAGGUGGAAUUGGCAGUUGGGAAAUCCAAUAUGUUGGGCAAUUUUGAGGUGGAAAUGGAUGGCAUCCAGGGUCGCACUGUGGAUCACUACAACAAUCGCCUGGUCUUGUGCAAGCAAGCGCAACUCAGUCCCUUGAUGUUGAAGGUGCGCCGAAGUGGACAGCCUCAGGCCAUUGAAAUCCAGAUCUACCACCUGCAUACAGAUGCCCUCUCAGCUCCAUCGCUGUCCAUGAUCGCUGAUGGUGGGGUCAACCUUCUUCCCUGGAAAACAUCCAUGAUGUUGCUUCCCCAGGACGACUUCCACUGCACGGCAGGUUCGGAUAAGAAGACGCCCCGCAGGGAACCAAGUCCCAGCCCUCGGAAGGUCAGCGAAAAUAAGCGGAAAGGCAGCAGCGCCCUACGGAAUCGUCUUGGAUCCACCUCGACUGGGGUGAUGGCUACGUCUACACCACUGGAAGCCGCAUUUUUCCUGAAGUGGUGUCGAAAUGGCAGGGCGAAGAGGCGAUAUGUGGAAUUUGAUGAUGGGCUCAAGGCGAUUGUUUGGAAGGAUCAUGCUGCGGCAAAGAACGCAGGCGUUUUCCCCCUUUCGAACAUCCAGGACAUUUGCAUGGGCAUUGUGACGCCAGUCACAAGGCAGGCUGCUGAGACGCCGCCUGUGCUAUGCCGUCGCCCCAAAAGUGGGCAACGCUUGGAUCCCAAUCUUCUCAUUUCCAUCAUCGCAGAAGACCGCACCUUGGACUUGCAGGCCUUAAGUCUCCAACAGCAUCAACGUUGGGCCGACGGACUCAUCAGCCGAUUCCGCAGCCACAUGGAGAAUUCCACCGAGGUGCCUGGGCAGGUGCAGUAUCGGCCCUACCCGCAGAGGUUGAGGAGCGAUCGUUGCGAACUGCGACUGACCUGUGAGAGGCUGCAUUCCAUGACAUCCUUUAGCACCACGGUGCAGGUCAUGCAGGGCUCCGUGGCAGGACCCAAGUUGUGCCGUUCUUGCGGCUUGCCCUUGAGCUCCUCCGGUUGUACCCAUUGUGGGGCACCACCUGAUGAGGCGAUGAUAGGAACAGCGAGCCAACAAAUUGUGUGGAGACCGUUUGGAUCGUCAAAUUCACGUCGAAUGCAUGGGGCCGGUGGCCACUCGUAGAAAGUUUCACCUCUGUCCAAAGGACUUUUCCAGGAUCUGCAGCAUCGCCAUGCGCGAAAUG